AAUGCAUCUACACUAAACACUUAUGCCUGGAUGGAAGGCCAAUCCACUUGGAAAUUUAUGACCCUUGUUCACAGCGGGGGAAGCUCUCCCUCACCGACGAGCUCCACUGGGCUGACGCCUUCAUCAUCGUCUACGACAUCAGCAAGUUCGCGUUUGCCAAAGCGCUGCUGUACCGCGUCCGCGAGUCGCGCCUCGGAGCCUGCAAAAAAAUGGGAGAGUCAACAGUGUUUCUGGUUGGUAACAAACAAGAUUUAUGCCACAUGAGGGAGGUCGGCUGGGAUGAAGGACAGAAGCUGGCAAUGGACAACAAGUGCCAAUUUUGUGAACUGUCAGCUGCAGAACACUAUCAGGAAGUAGUGGCAAUGUUCAUGAAAGUCCUAAGAAAUGUCACCUCAAAUUUCAAAGUGAAGGAGAAGAGACGGCCAAGUGGAUCAAAGUCAAUGGCCAAGUUAAUCAACAAUAUGUUUGGAAAAAGGAGGAAAUCUGUGUAA